GCCUGACUCAGACACAAGUCUCCAGGGCACAGAAGGAGUCACCUCACUGGCGCUCGCUCGUGUAGACCAAGAAGUCAAGAUGGCCAAAGUUCCUGAUUUGUUUGAAGACCUGAAGAACUGUUAUAGUGAAAAUGAAGAAUACAAUUCUGCCAUUGACCACCUCUCUCUGAAUCAGAAAUCCUUCUAUGAGGCAAGCUAUGGCUCGCUUCAUGAGAAAUGCACGGACAAAUUUGUGUCUCUGAGAGCCUCUGAAACCUCAAAGAUGUCCAACUUCACCUUCGAGGAGAGCCUGGUGAUGGUGGCAGCGACAUCAGACCAAGGGAAGGUUCUGAAGAAGAGGCGGCUGGGUUUCGAUCAGGUCUUUGCUGAAGAUGACCUGGAGGCCAUGACCCAUAAUUUAGAAGAGACCAUCCAAUCGGAUUCAGCACCUCACGUCUUCCAGAAUAAUGUGAUAUACAGACGGCCAAGGCUUGUCAAGUCGAAUUUUGUCAUGAAUGAUUCCCUCAAUCAAAACAUAUGCCUGGAUGUGGACAAGGUGCAUCUCAAAGCUGUCCCACUAACUGACCUGCAAUAUGAAGUAAAAUUUGACAUGUAUGCCUACACAUUGGACGACUCUAAAUAUCCUGUUACUCUGAAACUCUCAAACACCCAGCUGUUUGUGAGCGCCCAAGGUGAAGACGAGCCUGUGCUGCUGAAGGCUCAGUUGGUGAAUACAAUACAUAUUCAGUGCGUGCGCAUGCUGAUGUCCACACAAACUCAGACAAGUACCAUCAAAAACACGUGGCUGUUUUUCAGCAGACUGGGAGCUGCUUUCCUGUGGUCUAGAGAAGAAGAAACUCGGAAUAAGAAAUAAUGGACUGUAUCAAAAAAAAAAGAAAAAGCUUUGAAAAUUCACAAAGAUUCUAACAGCUGGCAUGUGCAGUAACUCUUACCCAUAUUCUUCUAUGUAGCCCCAGUAAGACUCAUCGGCCCACCAAGCUGGACUCUGGUGGUAGCCUCCUUUUGGCCUGUCUUGGAAUUCCCUGUCAAAGUGAGUAGACGUGCGUGUUGUGUCUCCCCAGGAAAUGUUUAGUCACACAAGGGGAUAUCAGACUGUCAGACCCCAUGGGGCUGCAGUUACAGGCAGCUUUUAGUUGCCUAAAGUGAGUGCUGGGAACCAGCUGUGGUGGCCUGAAAAAGCAGUACGUGCUCUUAACCCUGAGCGGCUUGUCAUCGUAUUAAAAACAACACAAGCAACAACACCCUUUUGUGAUCUUGGAUCUUAUUGCCCUUCAAGCACUCAUCUAAUUAAUUAUGCUUAUGGUAAUGGUGGUGCUUUCUUUCUUCCUUCCACUCUCUUUUCUUUUCUCCAUGGUUCUUUUUUCUUUCUGGUGGCUGCUUUUUUUUUUUUUUUAGUGGACUUUGGUAGCAUUUUAACUUUACCUAGUUGAUGUUAUUUUGUUUAAAUGAUCUAUUAUGUUUUUGUAUUUUACUUCCAUUCUUAGGGUUAUCUAAAUUUGGGAUUUAAAUUUUCUCACUAGUGUGAAAUCUUCUUUGUUCUUUUUGUUUAAGCUCGUCUAACCUCUUGCUCUUCCAACCCUUUAUUACAUUUUUCUCCACGCCUCACCAUCUUCUUCCUCUCUUUUCCUUAACCUCUGAGUGUGUUUCUUGAGAACACUUUCAGAAACAAUUUGAUCAUGGCCUAGUCAGUGGAGCGAUCCUUUAAUGAUCUUGUAAUGUGAUGGCAUUGUUGGGAACUAGUGAAAGGUAGGAGGUGGGGGCCUAGUAGAAUGUGCUAGAUCCUUAGAGGACUAGCUCACUUGCCCUGGCCUCUUCCUGUACGCAAGUAGGUAAAGAAAGCCUCCGUUACACGUGCCCUCUGCCAGGAUGCUCUGCCCAAGUGAAGAAGAGACCAAGUAAUCCUGGCUUGACCUCUGAAACCAUAUGCCAGUAUAAGUUAAGUCUGUUAACUUGUUUCAUUCAGGUAUUUGGCCACAGAAUGAAAACAGUAACUACUACGGACCACUUUCACUUGGCAUGCUAUUAUUUGCAGCCAAAGCCAGACUGAUACAGAGCAUUGUUUUUCCCGGUUUGUCUAACCGCCACAACUGUCUUUAUCUGGCUACAAAAAAGCACUACGCCUUUGGGCGCCGGCCUGUCAACUCGAGCCUCAUCCACCGGCGCCCACGGCAGAGCCACAGCCGCGGAAGUGACCCGGACACCGGCCGGCCCCGCCCCGCACGAUCCUCCAAUCGCAGCGCCUCGAGGAGGCCCCGGGGCCAACCGCCAGGCGCCCGUUUCCUGUUAUCCCGCCCUCUCUGGUUGGCGAAUUUCAAAGUCGCGGAGCCAAUGAGAGCGUCCGGACGCGCGCCGGGGUUCUCUGUCCAGAACAGGGCGCGCCCUUUGAAGAAAGAAACUGUCGCGGGAGAGUCAUGGUGGGACCGGGCCCUGCUGCCAGCGCAGCCGCGG